AUGAAGUUUCUCAAUCUUCUCUUUGUUGCUUUUACACUUAGCGGUUUUUCUUCCGCUAUUCCUACGCCUGAGGCGGAUAAACUCGAACCUAUCACUGGAACCGUUAUUUCUACUGGUGUCACUGAGAAAGGCGAGCCCUACACUAUCACGGCUGACUUCGUUGAAUUGACCGAUGAGAAUGGCCCUUUUGGGGAAAGCCCUGGAAAUGCCACCUCUGGCCUCGAAAAACGUUGGGGCUUCGGCGCCAGUGCGAACUGCAACCAAUGGUUUGAAAAUAAAUAUUGCUACUGCAGCGGCGCAAUUUCGAACCGUGGGGAUUCCUACUGGGGUAGCCAGGAUUUCUGCAACACGCAUAUGUUUAAGAACUUCCAAAACGGAGACCUCUACACCGUCAAGUGGCUACCGACGGUUAAGAUCGAGUAUUGGGUUACGAACACGUGCAACCACGAUAGAUAUGUUGGAGACAACUGCGGUGCUAUCUUUCUUGACCUCAUCGAUUGGUGCCAAUGGUCGUGGGAGACUGCUAAGGGAGGACAUCAGCAACUCGAUGACUGUCUUUGGUUCAGGUUCGACGUGAAUGGCCGUUAG